CUUGCUCUUAUUUUGUUUAUCCCUCGGCUGGGUCGGUGAAGGGGGAGAGACGGAAAUGGGCGCAGGAGAGGGCAUGGGUGGUGAUGCCAUGGGAGGCAUGAUGCCCCCAUCAGACCCAGGUGGGAUGCCCAUGCCAAGUCGCGGCGGCCGCAUGGCGAUGCACAUGACCUUUUUCUGGGGGAAGCGCGUGGAGAUCCUCUUCUCCGGCUGGCCCGGCGAUCGGGGCGUCGGCAUGUACCUCCUCGCCCUCCUCUUCGUCUUUGUCGCCUCUGCCCUCGUCGACUACCUCUCCUCCAUCUCCCGACGCCUCUCCCGAGGACCAGCCGCCACCCCCGGUGAUCGCCGGGUCUCCACUGCCGUGUUGCUGACCACCCUCCAUGCCGUCCGGUUGGGGCUGGCUUACCUCGUCAUGCUCGCCGUCAUGUCCUUCAAUGUCGGCGUCCUCAUCGUCGCCAUCGCCGGCCACGCCGUGGGUUUCCUGGUCUCGGGCGCCGGCCUCUCCAAAGGGGAUCCGUCCAAUGAACCGGCGGACCCGACCAAAUCCAUGUAUUCAUAGCUUACCUCCGAACACCAUGUCGGUCGGAUUUCUUUCUUUCACCGUAGUUUCCCUCGUAUCAGUGUGUGAGUGGAGAUGGAAUCGAAUUUGGCCGCGUGGCCGCAUGCUUGCUUAUCAGUAAUAUCGGAGGGCUCUCGGUUUCUUAUUCGGCCGAACCCACCGUUAAUGUUCAAACAAACUAUCUAGUACCGACUGAAUUUUCUA